AUGGUAUCAUUUGGAGAGAACCGAAGGGCAAACUCAAUGCAGCUCUAUAACUCAGUCGUAUUCUUGGCCUGCGGAGUGACCGAACGAAUCAACAGCUACCUUCACUACAUUGGACUUACAAUGUCGCGGAAAACAGCACUCUCAGCUCUCGAUCGAUUGGGUCAUCAAGCAAAGAAGAGAAUUGCUCAAAAACUCUCUGUCUCUGCAAGAAAACCUCUCUCGCCCCUACUCUGCAUCGACAAUAUCGACUUUGAGGAGCGCGUUCAUUUCAAAUCAGUGGAAAAGACUAGCCACAUGUUCCAUGGAACAUGGGGCUAUGUUCAUACCCUCGAUCCCAGUCUCAUCCUCGAAGCCGACCCAGAAGAAUUCUCUAUGAGUCAAUUCCAGAAGGCAAUUAAAGAUUCAGUUAACCUCAAGAUAUCACCAACAAUGUUUCUCCCAACAUUCGAAGAGGAAUCUCACUUUUGUAAUGCCAUCAAAAGUCAAAUUGCUCAAGUUAUGAUGUCUUACAUAGCAACAACAGACGAUCCAAAGAGCUCAAUUCCACUCGAGCCACCUUCGAUUGAUCAAAUACGUGCUCAAAAGCCAGACAUCGAAAUGUUUGAACUAAUGUUGGCAUCCGAUAACUGCGCCGAAGGCAUUGGCGAAAUCUUGACUGAUAUCAUCAAACAAACCAAUCUGACUCCUGACGAAUUUUUCUCAGAGCUGCAGAUCAUGGACGGCGACCUCGGUACUCUCCAAAACAUGGAAUGCUUGCGAGGCCAAAGAAAACCGAGCGGACACAAGGAAGAUAGCCUUGGAAAUAUCUUCAUGCUUUUGGGGGCUUCUCAUACCCUAUGGAAUAUAGCUCAAGCAAUCUAUCUCAAGCAUUUUGGAAACAAUAAAACUCAAGACGACCUUGGUGCCUGGAGGACUCUUCAAGCCCUUGGACUUCCCUCAGAAAAACCAGCCGCAAAAAACGACUUCACUCUUAUGCUUACAAGCAUCCAGAAGAUUCACGAGGUCACUCUUAUCCAUUGUCUACUACUUGUCAUGGGAAUCCCUCGAACCAGCUUACCAAACGAGAAGAUCAAGUUGAAAGCAAAAUCAAUCAACCACGUUAUCAACUUAUGCUAUGAUCGAUUCUUUGGCUGCACUCAACUCAAAAAGGCCGAAACUUUCAAUUCUCCCAAAUUGUUCAACCUCAUGACUCGAUUACGUGAUUUUGCUACAAUAGUUGAGGCUGAUCGAUCGAUGAAGGCGGGAGAUAUUGGUCGAUUGUUAAAUAUCUGGCGAAGAUGGUCGGUGAUGGCACAAGGCAUCACAGGUUUAACUCACUACGCAAUACACCUCCCUAGAAUGAUAAUCCUAAUCACCAAAGUCCUCCCCCCUGCCCUCCGCCACGCAAUACAACAUUCCCUCCUAAUCACACCAAGCGGACGACCAAAUCACUUUGUCGCUAAGGAUUUUUUCCUUGAGACUGAAAAUUACUGGCUCAAGUAUUUUUUUAACAAUAAUGGAGUUGGAACAAGUGCGAAACGAUUGCGAGAUGUCUUUUCAUCCAAUGUUCCAUUGGUUAAUCCGAUCAAUCAAGGAUGA